AUGAUCACAGGCCUUGCUCGCCGCGUGAACAUCUUCCCACCACUCAUCUCAUCGGCCGCACACCAGCAACCUUCCCGGUUCCUCGCUCGUCGCCCGUCUCUACCCCUCACCUGCCCCAACGCUCCUCCCCCGGCUUCUUAUCACAACCGCCUGUUCAGCAUGUCUGCCCCCGACGCUGCCCUCCACAAGGACGAGGUCACCGGAGAGAUGAUCUCCAAGGGUGAGCUCAAGCGCCGUCAGAAGCAGCGCCAGAAGGAGGCCGAGAAGGCCGCCAAGGCCGCCGCUGCCCCCGCGGUCGUUGCCAAGGCCAAGGCCGGCGCCGACGCCGACGCCGAGCUUGACCCCACCAAGUACUACGAGAUGCGCUCGGCUGCCAUCAAGAAGUUCCGUGAGACCAAGCAGCCCGACCCCUACCCCCACAAGUUCCACGUUAGCGCUGGUAUCCCCCAGUUUGUGCGCGAGUGGGGUGUCGAGGGCAAGGUCCCCGAGGGCCAGACCGUCGAGGUUGAGCAGCCCAUUACCCUUGCUGGUCGUGUUGUCUCGAUGCGUUCCAACUCUGCCAAGCUCCGCUUCUACGACAUUCGCGCCGACGGUGUCAAGGUCCAGGUCCUUGCCCAGGCCCAGAACGCCCCCAACCUCGACGACUUUAUUGCGUCGAACGACAUCAUCCGCCGUGGUGACAUUAUCGGUGUCACCGGUAAGCCCUCGCGUACCAAGGCCGGUGAGCUCUCGAUUGCCGUCUCCGAGGUCAAGCUCCUUUCGCCCUGUCUCCACCAGCUUCCCGGCCGUGAGGGUCUGGUUGACGUCGAGACCCGCUACCGCAAGCGCUACCUCGACCUCAUCGUCAACAACAACACGCGCGACAUUUUCAUCACCCGUUCCAAGGUCAUCAACUACAUUCGCAAGUACCUUGACUCGCUUGGUUUCCUCGAGGUUGAGACCCCCAUGAUGUCGUUGAUGGCUGGUGGCGCCACUGCCAAGCCCUUCAUCACCCACCACAACGACCUCAAGCUUGACCAGUACAUGCGUAUCGCCCCCGAGCUCUACCUCAAGGAGCUUGUUGUCGGUGGCCUCGACCGUGUGUUCGAGAUUGGCCGUGUCUUCCGUAACGAGCAGAUCGACAUGACCCACAACCCCGAGUUCUCCAUCUGUGAGUUCUACAUGGCCUACGCGGACAUGUACGACCUCAUGGACAUGACCGAGUCGAUGAUCUCGGGCAUGGUCAAGUACCUCACUGGCGGCACCAAGGUCACCUUCCACCCCAAGGGCAAGGCCGACGAGAAGUCGUACGAGAUUGACUUUGCUACCCCCUGGAAGCGCUUUGACAUGAUCGAGGAGCUCGAGAAGCAGCUCGGCGUCAAGUUCCCCCCCGGCGACACCCUCCACACCGAGGAGGCCAACAAGUUCCUCCGUGACAUUUGCGCCAAGCACAACGUCGACUGCUCCGAGCCCAAGACCAACGCUCGUCUCCUCGACAAGCUCGUCGGCGACUUUAUCGAGGUCCAGUGCAUCAACCCCUCGUUCAUUGUCGGCCACCCCCAGGUCAUGUCCCCCUUGGCCAAGUACCACCGUUCGCGUCCCGGACUUUGCGAGCGCUUCGAGUGCUUCGUCGCCACCAAGGAGAUCUGUAACUCGUACACCGAGCUCAACGACCCCUUCGACCAGCGCGAGCGCUUCGAGGAGCAGGUCCGCCAGAAGGAGCAGGGUGACGACGAGGCCCAGGGUGUCGACGAGACCUUCCUCAACGCCCUCGAGUACGGUCUCCCCCCUACCGGUGGCUGGGGUCUCGGUAUCGACCGUCUUGUCAUGUUCCUCACCGACAGCGCCAACAUCAAGGAGGUCCUCCUCUUCCCCGCCAUGCGCCCUCUCGGCCAGAACCCCACCGCCACCGAGGCCGCUGCUGCUGCCCCCGCUGCCGCCGCUGAGGAGAAGGCUUAA